AUGUCUUUUCUAGCCAUCCGAAUGCCUUUCAGUCGGAAUACUUCGCCGGCGGUUGAAGCUUCACCAACACCAACGCCAGAAUUGGUAUUCAUUGGACUCAUUGCUCUAUUCAUGUUCGGAUGCAAAGCAGUCAUGAGGCUCUUCACACGGAAAAGGAACACAAAUACCGCCCAAACCGACACCGAUGUCAUCUAUCCAAGUGAUGAACGCCGUGCCACCAGAAGCCAUCAAAACUUUGGAUUCAUGGAUCCUCCACCGCGAUACGAGCAAAUUUUCAAACGCGGCGGAGGCACGCCAUCUGUGAUCACUACCAGAGAAGCUCCAAGUGUCACGAGGUCUUCUGGAGAUGCUAGUUUGCCACCAAGUUACGAACAAGCUGCGAUUAAUGCCAGAAGGGAGAGCCAACUCCAAUCAGUGAUUGUCUCCCAGCCUGGUUUCCGGGAAGUUCCACUCACAGCUAUUGAUAUGGAACACCCAGCGAUGCCGUCACCGUCCUCCACAAUUCUAGACAUGGAGUCGGAGAUUGCAAAUAUUCAGAAUCACGCUCACGCCUGUGUUACUAGAUACGAUUCAAAUCAUGCAAAUGAAAUUGCCCGGACCCUCGCUGCCACCUCCACGCCAAGUUCUUCAACCGCCCUUCCAGAACUAGAAGCUCCAGAAGGAGGACCACCUGGUUAUGAUGCAAUAAGUCUCCAUAAUGAGACAAUUAGUACUCGAUAG